CAACUAGUUGAUUACAGAUCAUCGUUUCGUAUACAUCACGAAUAACCAACUCUUUAUUAUUUAUACUACUGGAAGAAAUACAAAAGAGGAAAAUUCCAGUGUAUCUGUGUGUGUGCGUGUGAGAGAGAAACAAAUUUGAAUACAAAUUGUACAAAAAAAAUUUGUUGGGUCGGUAUUCGAAAGUUUAAGUCGAUUCAGGUCUCUGAUCAAUGUAUUAUGUCCCCCACUCAUCGGAAGAUAUUUUAAUGUGUUGUGAUUUACGUCUACCAAACUAAACAAAAUGCUGACCAAGCUGUUUUAACUGAGCAAUGGUUGGAAUCGAUUUUAGUUGUCCGAUUGUUCAAAUUCUAAUCGCACUAGUUGUUACUUCGAUUAUAUUUGCAAUAUCUGUUCUUCGUUUGUACUGUUUCUUAACACUUGGAAAGUGUAAAUCGCGUGCCAAAAUGGAUGGUAAAACUGUAUUGAUUACGGGUGCCAAUGGUGGUAUUGGCCGUGAAACUGCAAAAGAUAUUGCCAAGCGUGGUGCACGUAUUAUUUUGGCAUGUCGUAAUUUAAAUGCAGCCAAUGAAGUUAAAGAUGAAAUUGAAAAAGAGACCGGCAAUAAAAAUGUGGUAUGCAAAAAAUUGGAUUUAAGCUCACAGAAAUCGAUUCGUGAAUUUGCCGCUGAUAUUAAUAAAACCGAAUCAAAAUUAGAUGUGCUUAUUCAUAAUGCUGGUAUGGCAUUGGCAUUUCGUGGUGCAAAAAGUGAAGAUGGCAUUGAAUUGACAAUGGCCACUAACCAUUACGGACCAUUCUUGCUAACACAUUUAUUGAUUGAUUUACUUAAAAAAUCAGCACCAAGCCGUAUCGUUAUUGUUGCAUCCGAAUUGUAUCGCUUGGCCUCGGUCAAUUUGAACAAUUUAAAUCCAAUCAAUACAAAGCCAGCCGCUUAUUUGUAUUAUGUGUCCAAGUAUGCAAACAUUUAUUUUGCACGUGAAUUGGCCAAACGUAUGGAAGGCACAAAUGUAACGGUUAACUCAUUGCAUCCUGGCAUGAUUGAUACGGGCAUCUGGCGCAGUGUUCCAUUCCCAUUGAAUUAUCCAAUGAAAUUGAUAACAAAGGGUUUCUUUAAAACACCAGUACAGGGUGCACAAACAACCAUUUAUUGUGCCGUUUCGGAUGAAUUGAACAACGUAUCUGGCAAAUAUUUUAUGGACUGUAAGGAACAUUCGUUGAGCGCAGCCGCCAGUGACAUGGACAAAGCGAAGAAAUUGUGGGAAGAAUCAGCGAAAAUAGUUAAACUCACCGAACAAGAUCCAAAAAUCUAAGCAAAUCAAUUUUCAUGAUAUUUUAAGUAAUUUUACAUUUGCUUGACAUUGAUAAAAAAUGAAUAAAAAAA